UUCGUCAACAGUGCGAGUACAAGAAAUUACUUUUCGUUGUCGCGGUGUGUGGCAGAUAAUUAUCAUCAUGUUCGCUAAGAUCGCUGUAUUAAUGUGCGCUCUGACCGCUCCUGGGUACGGCAAACCGCUGGUCGUCGACGUCGUACAGCACGCACCGUUGGGCACGAUCGGCGUUGCUCACGCUCCGAUUCUCAAAGCUGAACAGUUCGACGCCCAUCCACAGUACAAGUUCGAGUACGGAGUGCAGGACUCUUCUACUGGCGACCAGAAAACCCAACAGGAAGUCAGAGACGGUGACGUCGUCAAAGGUACCUACAGCCUAGUGGAACCAGACGGCAGUAAAAGAACCGUAGACUACACCGCCGAUCCUAUCAACGGAUUCAACGCCGUAGUACGCAAAGAACCACUUAAUCAUCCAACUCCUCUGACUGUAGCACACGCCCCAUUAGCUAUAGCUCAUUCUCCGGUAGCUCUAGCUCACGCGCCCAUAACAGUAGCUCACGCACCAGUAGCAAUAGCUCACGCCCCAAUAACCGUAGCUCACGCACCUCUAGCUGUAGCCCAUCCAACUGUAGCAAUUGCGCAGGCGCCUUUAGCUGUGGCUCAUGCGCCUUUAGGGUACUCUACUGCCAUAACUCACGAUGCUGUUGCUUAUGCGCAUGCUCCUGUUGCCCUAACUUCCCCGUUGUCAGCAAUCAGCCACCAGAGUAGUACGGUUCUUCAUUGAUGAUUUCGUAUGUCUACUUAUAUUUCAUCUCAAUCAUUUCGAUAAAAUGGCACUCAUUUAAUUUAUUCAAUAAAGUUUCCACUUCAAGAACAUA